GUGGAGUUGAAUGAAAUCCCCCCGACACAGUGCAAUUAUACAACAACAAUUGUAUAAUCAUCAGCUACAAGAGCCAGCUUCCAAAAUCAAGUUUACUCAUCUCUCCUCUAUGUACACCAGGACUUUGCCAUGAUGUUCUCUCAUAUCUGAAACAGAAAUGCCUAAAAGAGCUUCUGAAAUUACUUUCAAACCAUAUCCUACAAAGAAUUACAGUGGACUGUACCUGUGAAUUCAUUAAGCGCUACACCAUACUACAAAACAGUACUGUGCAGAAAUGCUGAAAAGCUGUGGAAAUACUUCAGUGGCCGUUUCCGUAGGAAUUUUCCUUCUUUUACUGUUGGUGAUCUGUGGAAUUGGGUGUGUUUGGCACUGGAAACAGCAUAAUAAUACAGUGCAAUUUACCUUACCAAAAUUUUUGCAAAGGAGAAAAAGGAGAAAAGACUAUACUAAAAGAGUCUCCUUGAGCCCCCAGGAUAUCGGCCCAAGACAUAAAAUCUCAGUUCAAACCCAAGACCACAGCUCUGCUGGGAAGGACACUAACAUACAUGACAACUAUGAAAAUGUGGAAGCGUGUCCUCCCCAAGCUAAAGAAGAAACAGACAAGGGAAUAUAUGAAAACACUUGGCAGACCAAUUUCGAGGAACAUAUCUAUGGAAAUGAGACACUAUGUGACCAUUAUAAGUUGAAGAAGCCUAGUGCUUCUGAAGAAGCUCAAGGCGAAGACAUAUAUAUUCUUCCGGAUUCAUAUUAA